UUUACCAUUAUUCAAUUUUUUUUUUUUUCUUAUUUGUUUCAAAAUUUCCCCAAAUCCCCAAUUGAACGGAUCCAAAAUUCAUCCUCCUUACCGUUUAGUCAGUUUAAUUGGGAAUCUGAUUGUGCAGUUCCAAUGGCAAAUUCCAAUGUCGAUGCCACUCCAGUUGCAGCCAAACCCACAAUCACUCAUGUCAUAUUCGAUAUGGAUGGUCUUCUAUUGGAUACUGAGAAGUUUUAUACUGAAGUUCAAGAAAAAAUACUCGCUAGAUACAAUAUUACCUUUGAUUGGUCUCUUAAAGCAAGAAUGAUGGGGAAAAAAGCAAUAGAAGCUGCUAGGGUCUUUGUGGAAGAGACUGGAAUAAGCAACUCUCUUUCAGCCGAAGACUUCCUUGUAGAAAGGGAGACGAUGCUGCAGAGCAUGUUUCCUACAAGUGAGCUUAUGCCAGGUGCCAGCAACUUGAUCAAGCAUUUGCAUGCACAUGGAGUACCAAUCUGUGUAGCUACUGGUUCGCAUAAACGACACUUUGAGCUGAAGACUCAAAGUCAUGGAGAACUGUUUGCUUUGAUGCACCAUAUUGUCCUUGGAGAUGAUCCUGAAGUCAAGCAGGGGAAGCCAUCUCCUGAUGGGUUUUUGGCAGCUGCCAGAAGAUUUGAGGGUGGACCGGUAGAUCCAAAAAAAUGUCUUGUAUUUGAGGAUGCACCAUCAGGGAUUCAAGCUGCUAAGAAUGCUGGGAUGUCUGUGGUUAUGGUUCCUGAUCCAAGGCUAGACAGUUCUUUUCAUGCGAUUGCCGAUCAAGUUCUAACAUCCUUAUUAGACUUUAAUCCUGCUGAAUGGGGCCUGCCGCCUUACAAAAAGGCAGCAUGCUGAGCUCGACCAAUGUGCUGCUCAAUGAAGCUACACUCCCUUAAAAGCUCAUCUCUUCAAAAGCCGUAGAAAUGACAUAUGUUACUGAUGCGCAAUCAAGUUCUAAGACUAGAUCAGUGUCUGGUUGGUGCCAAUCAAAAGUGCUGAUGCUCAGCUUUCCUUUAAUUUGAUUCAAAAAGUAUUGUUAAUUGUUAUCUCCAUAUUAUAUAGGUUGAAAUUUGGUGUAGUUACCCAUUAGUUAUCAGUUUUGUUGUCACACUGGGAUGACUAAAAUGGCUGCCUACAUUUUUGUUGUAUGUUAAGGGAGUUGUAAUAAAGUUAAGAGUAACAAUUUGAGUGAAGUUUAUAAUCCUUAGUUUGAUUGAUUUUGAGCCAAA